UAUACAUAUAUGACCAUCGCAAAGAAUCAAAUACCAUAAUACUUAGGGUUUAACGAAGCUUAAUCACGAAAAAUCUCCUAAUUAGCAGACUGAUUUUGCGAUUAACAGUCGCAAUUUGCUUCUAGGGUUCUCGAAUUUCAGAGAGACGAAGAAAGAGGAGAGAGAGAGUACGGAUAAAGGUUUGGGAUUUUUGAUUGAAGGGGAUGGGAGGAUGCUUUUCGGACGUGAGGGGAGGCAAGGACGCCGUGGGCGGAGCCCUGCCAAGGCCCACCGAACCGAACGCCAAGAACGACGGCGCUCACAACGAUGCCAUUGAAUUCUUUUACAGGGCGCAUGGUGCUUACCCGCUUUUUACGCAACUCGAGUUAUCCUUUUCAGCAUCCAAGCUGCUUGAUCUUGAUGUCACUUCAAAGUGUAAUCUGACCGCUACGAGUUUACUAUCGAGGCUAAAAAAAUCUCUGGUUUUCUUUCAGAGUGAUCCUAUGGUGGUUGUAUACCUCAAGAAGAAUGAUGGUAAGCUAGAGGAACUCGGGCGAACUGAAGUCAUACUGAACAAUUUAAAUCCGGUAUGGAUACAGAAAGUUUCAGUAGCUUAUCAGUUCGAGAUGGUGCAGAAUUUGAUAUUCCGUGUCUACGAUGUUGAUACACAAUACCACAAUGUACCUGUAAAGACUCUGAAUUUGAGGGAUCAAGAGUUUCUUGGAGAAGGCAGUUGUAUCCUUUCAGAGAUUGUGACUAAACAAAAUCGAAGUUUAACAUUGACUCUGAAAGGCAAAAACGGGCUUGGAGGUUUGAGAAACUUUGGAACACUCACCGUGCAUGCCGAGGAAACUAUUGCUUCUAGGAGUGCUGUAGAGAUUAAAUUCCGCUGUGCCCACUUGGACAACAAAGAUCUGUUUUCUAAAAGCGUUUCUCUUCCCGAUUCUUCACUUCAGGAUCCUUUCUUAAGAAUAUCAAGAACUGUUGAGACUGGGGGUUCUAUUCCAAUUUGCAAGACUGAGGUGGUGGAUAACAAUUUAAACCCGACCUGGAAACCAUUAUGCCUGAGUAUGCAACAGUUCGGAAGCAAGGACACCCCACUGGUUAUUGAGUGUUUUGAUUUCAACAGCAAUGGCAACCACAUUCUUAUUGGGAAACUCCAAAAAUCAGUUGCAGACCUUGAAAAACUAUUCAAAGAAAAAAGUGGGGUGAACUUUUUUAUUCCAUCUUCUCGUGCGGGUCAUGAAAAGGUUUUGAAGGGUCAGCUAUUUGUGGAUCAAUUUUGUGAGAAAGAACAAUUCAGCUUUGUUGACUAUAUAUCUAGUGGAUUUGAGCUUAACUUCAUGGUUGCAGUUGAUUUUACAGGUUCAAAUGGAGAUCCUAGAAAGCCCGAGUCUUUGCACUAUAUUGAUCCUUAUGGCCGGCUGAAUUCUUACCAGCAGGCUAUAACAGAAGUAGGACAAGUCAUUCAGUUCUACGAUGCUGAUAAGAGUUUUCCUGCUUGGGGCUUUGGAGGAAGGACGGCUAAUGGAACUGUAUCACACUGCUUCAACUUGAAUGGAAAUGCAAGUGAAUCUGAGGUUGUCGGAGUUGAAGGCAUAAUGGCUGCUUAUGCCAAUGCUCUACGCAAUGUUGCUCUGUCAGGACCGACGUUGUUUGGCCAAGUGGUUAACAGGGCUGCUGAAAUUGCCGCCAGGUCCCUCUCGUCCAACAACAACAAGUACUACGUCUUGCUCAUUAUAACGGAUGGAAUCCUCACUGACCUUCAAGAAACAAAAGAUGCUUUGGUGAGGGCAUCUAAUCUUCCUCUAUCAAUCCUCAUCGUUGGAGUUGGUAAUGCGGAUUUCAAACAAAUGGAGAUCCUUGACGCUGACAACGGGCAACGAUUAGAAAGUUCUACAGGUCGCAUAGCUACGCGUGACAUUGUCCAGUUCGUUCCAAUGAGAGAUGUGCAGACAGGUGGGCAGAUUUCCGUUGUUCAAGGUCUUUUGGAAGAGCUGCCCGGACAGUUUUUGAGUUACAUGCGUUCCAUGGACAUCAAGCCGCUCACCUUCAAUGCCGCUGCCCAAGCAUCAUCUGCCUGACCGUCAACGGAUUUCUUCUUUCGUUUUGAGUCCCUCCAUUAGAUAUUACAAAGCAUGUUUAGUUAGUUAAGGAUGGUUUUGGAACAUGAAGCAGUUAAAGUUCAAGCCGAAAAAUGAGAGAGGCCACAUUAACUA